GUUAAAUCAGGAUGUUAAGGUCUGGAAGGACAACACGUGCAGCCGUAUGAAACGUCAAUCGGUGACGGUCCGAAUAGGCCCGCUCUUCCACGAAUCGACUUAUCGCAACUGGCAUCGACCGGGAAAUGACACGAGCUCUCAAGAUCAUCCCGCAGCGAAGCAUCUACAACUACAUCCACAAGAGAAAAAUGUCCUCAACACCAUCCCUACCGAAAUUCGUCGUCUGGGCACCCGACUACACUGACGAUGGUGCUCUCGGACGAAGACUAGCAGUAAGACCUGCCCACCUCGAGAACAUCAAGAAACAAAUCAGUCAAGGCGUCCUACGGGUUGGCGGAGCAUUCAUGACGCCCGAAUCCGUCGAUGCAGCUGCAGCAGACAGAAAGUUUCGCGGCUCGUGCAUGAUUUACGAGGGUGAAAAUCUCGAUGCCGUGCGUCAGCUCGUGGAGGAGGAUCUUUAUUAUAAGACUGAUGUGUGGGACAAGGAGAAAAUCGUUAUUCUCCCCAUCGCAUUGGCAACGGGCCUUCCGCCUGUGCCUUCCUGAUACCUGCAGACAUCAAAGAUACUACUUAUGAAUGAAAGAUGGUAGCAUUCGACGUGAUAAUUAGACUCGUGACCAGUCUGACAUUAGUAUGAUACGUCUUUGCUCGAUGACUCAUUGACUUGUCCGCGGUCAUACCAGUACUAGGCCCGAGCCUACGUGAUGAUACCACGCAAUCGCAAUCUUGAUUAAGCUUAAGGGCUGCUACGAGGUCCAAGCUUUCGAGGUUAUCUGCGGCUCUCCGCCCGCUUUUGAUCCUCAACAAGUCCCUGAGACAACGGAAUUUAUCCUUUCGAAGCCAUGAUGAAAUCACUUGAACUCAAAAACUUCAAAAAGCUAGUCCUAUCAUUGACGAUGAAGACAAAUCUG